GACUCCGAGGAGCGGGAGAUCGAGACGAGCUUGGGUUUUGACGAAGACCUUGCAGCCAAGCAGGAGCUGUUGCACAACACGACGUUGACCUCCGACCAGUUAGGGUACCUCAAGUCGGUCGGGUUGGUUGACGGGUGGUGGCCGUCCGACAUCAUUCAGCAGGUUCUCGAGUACGUGCACGUGUUUUCCGGUCUGCCAUGGUGGAGCACGAUUGCCGUGACCACUGUUGCGUUCAGAGUCUUGUUGUUCCCUCUCUUCAUGAAGUCGUCCGACACGAUGGCGCGGUCGCAGAGCAUCAUGCCUGAGACCAAGCGGUUGAGAAAGGAGAUGACGAACGCGAUGACCACGGGCGACCGUGCGCUACAGCAAAGAAAGCAGAUGGAGUUGAGCAUGUUGAACAAGAAACACGGUGUCAAGUACUCGAGGAUGUUUUUGUCCCCCGCCACGCAGAUGGUCUACUCGGUCGGUUCUUUCUUCGGUAUCAGGGAGAUGGGCAGUCUCCCUGUGGAAGGGUUGAGCACCCAGGGUACCCUAUGGUUCGAGAACUUAGCUGCGCCAGAUCCGUACAUCGGCUUGCAGUUGAUUUCGGCGGCCUUGUACUCCGUGGCGUUCAAGUACGGUGGCGACACGGGCAAUGCGCAGUUCGGCGGCGCCAUGAAGAAGGUGUUCAUGGUGUUGCCGUUUGCGUCCAUUGCGUUCACGUGGAACAUGAGUGCCGCAGUGAUGGUGUACUUCGGGGCGAACGGCUUGUGCUCGAUCAUCCAGUCGCAGCUGCUCAGAAAUGCGGCCUUCAGAAGAACGGUGGGCAUGUUCCCGCUUCCUACGCAGGCGCAGCUGGCCCAGAACCCGCAGAAGGGCAUGUUCGACAACUUCAACGACACGUGGAAGGAGAUGCAGCAGAACAACAAGGUCCGUGCCGAGAGAGAGGAGGAGGCCAUGAAGGGCGUCGAGCUGGCCCGCAAGCAGGCCACGUCCAACAGGGUCAUCGUCAAGAGCAAGCACCGC